GAAACAGGCUGUUCAUUGUAAUGGAGUACUGUGAAGGAGGGGACCUCAUGAGAAGGAUCCACAGGCAGAGAGGAGUGUUAUUUGGUGAAGAUCAGAUCCUGGGUUGGUUUGUACAAAUUUCUCUUGGACUAAAGUAUAUGCAUGACAGGAAAAUAGUACACAGGAACAUAAAAGCUCAGAACAUUUUUCUUAGCAAGAAUGGAAUGAUUGCAAAGCUUGGGGACUUUGGUAUAGCAAGAGUCCUGAAUAAUUCCAUGGAGCUUGCUCAAACUUGUAUUGGAACACCUUACUACCUGUCCCCAGAGAUCUGUCAGAAUCAGCCAUACAAUAACAAGACGGAUAUUUGGUCUCUUGGCUGUGUCUUAUACGAACUCUGCACACUCCAGCAUCCUUUCGAGGGCAAGAACUUGCACCAGCUGGCUCUGAAGAUUUUCCAGGCGCGCGUCGCCCCGAUACCACCAGGGUUUUCCCUCGACCUCCGGAGCUUGGUGAAACAGCUCUUUCGGGUGUCGCCCCGGGAACGCCCCUCCGAGGGUUCCAUCCUGAAGAGGCCCUUCCUGGAGAAGCUGAUAGACAAGUACUCGGCUCCCGAGGUGCUCGGGGAGGAGCCUGCAGCCCGGCUGCCAGGAAGCAGGGACAUAGCCCGGCCAGAGAGCGGAGCUGCAGACCCGGAGGGAAGGAAGGCGCUCAGCCCCCAUCCAAAAGUGCAGAAAGUGAAGUUUCAGGGGAAGAGUCUGAGAGCAGGGGUCUCAGUGCCUGUUACAAGGACGGACGCGUCAUGUAGGAGCAAGUGCAGCCCGCCAGCGGGAGCCCAGAGACCUGUGCCUGUAAAAAUGAUAGAAAAUCCCAAACUUGCUGCAAUUUGUAGACAUUAUGAUUUUUAUUAUGCUGAACUUGACAUUUUGAGGAAGCGCGCCCAGGAGGCUGGUUAUGUUCCUCAGAGAGAUUCUGAAAUUGAGGAGAGUUGCAAUGAGGAAGAAAGUCAUGGUCCAUCGCCUGCUCAAUGGCCUGUAGAGUACCUUCAGAGGAGGUUUGAAGCUCAACAAUACAAGUUGAAAGUGCAGAAGCAGUUGGGUCUUUGUCCAUCUUCUGCUGAGCCAAAUCACAGGACCACAGGUCCGAGGAGCCACAGAGAAGAGCCUUGUUCCCGGGAGCUGCUGUGUAGGAGGAAGGAGAUGAAGGACCAGGAAUAUUGGAAGCAGUUAGAGGAAAUACACCAGCAGUACCACGAUGAUGUGAAGGAGAUGAGGAGGAAGAUGGAGAGAGAGCUGGAGGCGAGCUCCCGGAUCAGUCACAAGACCUAUCUGGUGGAGAAGAGUUCCCUGCCUGGUGGACAAGAUGCUCCUGAGGGGGACACUCCUGUGCAGGACAUUGAAAGAGACUUGAACAAAAUUGAGCUUGAGACCACAAAGGAAAGGAAAAUUCCAGAAUAUAAAUAUAAAGUUAAGAGAGGGGUAAAAUUCGAAAUUAAUUUGGAUGAAUGUAUGUCUGAUGGAAACUCUGUCCAAGUGGAAGAGAUAGCAGACAUGCUAAGUGAAACUUUGACCUUUGAGGACAGCAUGGAGUUUAAGGGAUAUGAGUGCCUUCAGAAGCAUGAAGAUGACCUAGACAAAGCCUUUGAAAAUCUGCAUGGCCCACGAGCAGAGCUUUUCACUCAGGAUGCUGUGGCAGCAGAAAACAGGAGGCAAUGGGAUGCCAGAGCACCUCGGACUCUGCUGCAAAUGAUGGCAGCUGCUGAUGUCACCUCCUCCUGCCCCCCUGCUCCUAACGAUGGCCAAGUGAUUGUGAUGGAAGGUGUUCCAGACAGUAGGAAGCCUUGGCGGCGUGAAGCACCAGGAAUUUUACUGACUGUUUUGGCAGCAGCACAUCUAACAGGCAACUCUUUUUCUUCCAGUGAAGGAGAUCUUGUAGGAACAUUACAGCAGUGGCCUAAAGCAGAUGUGGGGAAGGCAGAAAUGGCUUCUUACACUGGAGCAGAUGAGGAGCUGCUGGAACCAGCAUCUGACGAUGCUGAUACAACUUUUGAAGAAUCUGAAGAUGAGUUGAGAAGUGAAAUAGUAGAAUCUCUUGAAAAACUCGCUACUUCCAAAGAAGGAAGAAAAAUGGAAGAAAUUUUCAGUCUCUGAGGGAUGCUGAAAAGUUAGGAGAGAAAUUAAGCAUAAUGAAAUCUGAUGAAUUACAUGCAAGUCCAGAGGCCAUUUCUAGUCCAUCUAACAAGCCAAUAUGCGCUGCUGAUGAGGACUAAACACUAACAACCUGGUCUGCCAUACAGAAAGAGAAACUCGAGUCAUUUGCAGGCAAAUGGAUGCACCUAAGACCAUCAUGUAAAGUGACAUAAACCAAGCACAAAGCUUACAUACUGCAUGAUUCCUCUUAUACGAGAAACCCAAAUUAUAAAUAAAGAGCAAAAUAAGAGAUAAAUACUAGCAAGUAGGGAGGUAGCUCUUUCUCUAAUGAGAUGAGAUGGUGGGAUCAGAGGGAAAGGGGAUGAAAAAAGGAACCAGGAGGUGUUACGCACACAUCUCGACUCCAUACAGGGAAUGUAAGUGCUGUGUGCCAUAAAC